GGAAUACGACAAGCUUUUUGGAUACAUUCAUUGGUUGACGAACAGAGAACCUAGAAAUACUCUAUUCGCCAACCAAUAAACGUAUCCGAAAAGCUUGUCGUACGCACGUGAAAUAGCACCCUAUGAAUACCGGUCUAGAGGUUCUCUAGUAAGUGGAUUAUCGCACGACACGCAUUCUGUUUAAAGGUUGUCAGAAUUAGCGCUUCGGAAGAAUCUGGCAACCCUGUGGAUUUCAGUUGAGAUUUGCAAUUUGUGCUUGUCGUCACGUCGCAAGUAGUUUUGUGCUUGAUAGUCUUUAUAGAAUUUUAAAGGUAUCACGUGUGUACCUUCCAUCCCAACAUGUAUGCUCUCGAAGGUGAUCAAUACGAUGACGAGGACGCGGAGGAGAUCUCGUCGAAGCUCUGGCAAGAAGCUUGCUGGAUCGUUAUUAACGCGUACUUCGACGAGAAGGGUCUCGUGCGUCAACAGUUGGACAGCUUCGACGAAUUCAUCGAGAUGUCCGUUCAACGUAUCGUAGAGGACUCGCCGCAGAUCGACUUGCAAGCGGAAGCGCAGCACACCACGGGUGAGAUAGAGAAUCCAGUGAGACACUUGUUAAAAUUCGAGCAGAUCUACCUGUCCAAGCCUACCCACUGGGAGAAGGAUGGCGCGCCGUCUCCUAUGAUGCCCAAUGAGGCCAGACUCAGGAAUCUGACAUACUCGGCCCCAUUGUACGUGGACAUCACCAAAACUAUCAUGAAGGACGGUGAGGAACCUGUGGAAACUCAGCAUCAGAAAACAUUCAUUGGGAAGAUUCCGAUCAUGUUGCGGUCCAAGUACUGCCUGCUGGCUGGCCUAUCAGAUCGUGAUCUAACGGAACUGAAUGAAUGUCCACUGGAUCCUGGUGGGUACUUCAUCAUUAAUGGCUCAGAAAAGGUUCUCAUAGCGCAGGAGAAAAUGGCCACAAACACUGUCUAUGUGUUCAGUAUGAAAGACGGCAAGUAUGCCUAUAAGGCUGAGAUCAGAUCUUGCUUGGAGCAUAGCUCGCGUCCCACAUCGACUCUGUGGAUCAAUAUGAUGGCCAAGAGUGGAGCCAGUAUUAAGAAAUCUGCUAUAGGCCAACGUAUCGUUGCCAUUAUACCGUAUGUGAAGCAGGAAAUCCCUAUCAUGGUUGUUUUCCGCGCUCUGGGAUUCGUCGCGGAUCGUGACAUUCUGGAGCACAUUAUUUACGACUUCGACGAUCCCGAAAUGAUGGAGAUGGUGAAGCCGUCCUUGGACGAGGCAUUUGUAAUACAGGAGCAAAACGUUGCCUUGAAUUUCAUCGGCACCAGGGGUGCUCGCGCCGGCGUGACCAAAGAGAAGCGUAUCAAAUACGCCCGGGAAAUUUUGCAGAAGGAAAUGCUGCCGCACGUCGGCAUAAGCGACUUCUGCGAGACCAAGAAGGCUUACUUCCUCGGCUACAUGGUGCACCGAUUGCUGUCGGCGUCCUUGGGACGGAGGGAGCUGGACGACCGGGAUCAUUACGGCAACAAACGGCUGGACUUGGCCGGGCCUCUGCUGGCGUUCCUUUUCCGCGCCUUGUUCAAGAACUUGAUGAAGGAGGUGCGUCUUUACGCGCAGAAGUUCAUUGAUCGCGGUAAGGACUUUAACCUCGAGCUGGCUAUCAAAACGAAAAUCAUCACCGACGGCUUGAGAUACUCGCUCGCCACCGGCAACUGGGGCGACCAGAAGAAAGCGCAUCAAGCGAGAGCAGGCGUGUCGCAGGUAUUGAAUAGGUUGACUUUCGCAUCGACUUUGUCGCAUCUUAGACGAGUGAAUUCCCCGAUUGGAAGGGAUGGUAAAUUGGCCAAGCCGCGCCAAUUGCAUAACACAUUGUGGGGUAUGCUGUGCCCCGCGGAAACUCCUGAGGGUGCCGCUGUAGGAUUGGUGAAGAAUUUAGCCCUGAUGGCUUACAUCAGCGUCGGUUCGCAACCUUCGCCCAUCCUCGAGUUCUUGGAGGAGUGGUCGAUGGAGAAUCUUGAGGAGAUCGCCCCGAGCGCGAUAGCCGACGCUACGAAGAUAUUUGUAAACGGAUGCUGGGUCGGUAUCCAUAGAGAUCCGGACCAGCUGAUGGCUACCUUGCGCAAGCUGAGGCGGCAGAUGGACAUUAUCGUGUCGGAAGUGUCUAUGAUCCGUGACAUUAGAGAUCGUGAGAUAAGAAUAUACACGGAUGCCGGUAGGAUUAGUAGGCCUUUGCUCAUAGUGGAAGGCCAGAAUCUUUUAUUGAAGAAGAGACACAUUGAUAUGUUGAAAGAAAGAGAUUAUAAUAACGACGGAUGGCAAGAGUUGGUAGGUAGUGGAGUAGUAGAAUACAUAGACACUCUGGAGGAAGAAACCGUCAUGAUCGCUAUGUCGCCCGAUGAUCUCAGGCAAGACAAGGAGUACGCGUAUUGUACGACGUAUACACACUGCGAGAUCCAUCCGGCAAUGAUCUUAGGCGUCUGCGCUUCUAUCAUACCUUUCCCCGAUCAUAAUCAGAGUCCUAGGAAUACUUAUCAGAGUGCUAUGGGUAAACAAGCUAUGGGCGUAUACAUUACGAAUUUUCACGUACGUAUGGACACUUUGGCCCACGUGCUGUAUUACCCUCACAAGCCGCUGGUAACCACAAGAUCGAUGGAGUAUCUUAGAUUCCGUGAACUGCCAGCGGGUAUCAACAGCAUCGUUGCGAUUUUGUGUUAUACGGGAUACAAUCAGGAGGACAGUGUCAUUUUAAAUGCCAGCGCCGUGGAGAGAGGCUUUUUCAGAUCAGUGUUUUACCGGUCUUACAAGGAGUCCGAGUCGAAGAAGAUCGGUGAUCAGGAAGAGCAAUUUGAGAAACCGUCACGCUUAACUUGUCAAGGAAUGCGCAACGCCAUAUACGAUAAGCUAGAUGACGAUGGAAUAAUUGCACCUGGAAUUCGAGUAUCUGGCGACGAUGUGAUUAUCGGUAAAACGAUUACCCUGCCGGAAACAGACGAUGAGUUGGACAGUACGACAAAGCGUUUCACAAAACGUGACGCGUCGACGUUUUUGCGAAAUAGUGAAACCGGUAUAGUCGAUCAGGUGAUGUUGACACUGAACAGCGAGGGAUACAAGUUCUGUAAGAUCCGUGUACGCAGCGUACGUAUUCCGCAAAUAGGCGACAAGUUUGCGUCGCGUCACGGACAGAAGGGAACGUGUGGAAUUCAAUAUAGACAAGAGGACAUGCCGUUCUCCUGCGAAGGUCUCACCCCCGACAUAAUUAUCAACCCCCACGCUAUUCCCUCUCGUAUGACUAUCGGUCACUUGAUCGAGUGUAUACAGGGAAAGGUUUCGGCAAACAAAGGAGAGAUCGGUGAUGCUACACCAUUUAACGACGCUGUGAAUGUGCAGAAGAUCUCCACGCUUCUGCAGGAAUAUGGUUACCAGUUGCGAGGAAAUGAAGUCAUGUACAAUGGGCACACAGGUCGUAAGAUCAAUGCACAAGUAUUUUUAGGGCCGACCUAUUAUCAACGUUUAAAGCAUAUGGUGGACGAUAAGAUUCACAGUAGAGCAAGAGGACCCGUGCAAAUUUUAGUUCGACAGCCUAUGGAGGGUCGAGCGAGGGACGGCGGACUUCGUUUCGGAGAGAUGGAGCGAGAUUGUCAAAUUUCUCACGGUGCAGCGCAGUUCUUGAGAGAGCGUCUGUUUGAAGUAUCAGAUCCUUACCGAAUUCACAUUUGUAAUUUUUGCGGCUUGAUUGCCAUCGCGAAUUUACGGAACAAUACGUUCGAGUGUAAAGGAUGUAAAAACAAAACGCAGAUUUCGCAAAUUAGAUUGCCAUAUGCGGCGAAGUUACUCUUCCAGGAACUGAUGGCAAUGAAUAUUGCGCCUAGACUCAUGACUACGUGAAUAUUAAUACGUUGAUUCUUAUUUUGUGUGCAAAUUAGGUAAACGGAAGAGUAAAUAAAAUAUGCUUCACUGUACAUAAAUCAUACAGCAUUAAAUCGUAUAGCAAUUAAAUAUUACAGUGAAGUGAUGUCAGUAAAUAGUUUUUCACCUUAUUAUGAUAAAAGACGUUCAUCAACAAAUAAUUUAAUAACUAAGUAGUACCUUUUAAGCUGUUUUGUUUUAAGCUAUUCGUACUGUUUUAUGCUUCAUUGAAACUUUUGUGAAAGAGGAAAUAAAAACUAUUUCUACGGUGUUAGUAGAAAAAAUAUUA